CGGCCGGAGGAGGAGCCGCGGGAGCCGCUGCCGCCGCCCUCCGCCCCCUCCCCUUCUCCCUUCCUCCUCCUUCUUCUCCUCCUUCUCCCCGGCCGGAGGGAGGACUCCCGGAGCAGCCCCGGCGGCUGGAGCGCCCCGCCGACUCGGGAGAAUGCGGCGGCGAUCGCGGAUGCUGCUUUGCUUCGCCUUCCUUUGGGUGCUGGGCAUUGCCUAUUACAUGUACUCCGGGGGCAGCACGGCGCUGGCCGGCGGCGGGAGCAGCGGCGGAGCCGGCAAGAAGGAGGACUGGAAUGAAAUUGACCCAAUUAAAAAGAAAGACCUGCACAGUAACAAUGGGGACGACAAAGCACAGAAUGUGGAGACUCUCCCUCCAGGGAAGGUUCGGUGGCAAGACUUCAAUCAGGAAGCUUACAUUGGAGUCACUAUGGUACGAUCUGGUCAAGACCCAUAUGCCCGUAACAAAUUCAACCAAGUGGAAAGUGACAAGUUGCGAAUGGACAGAAACAUACCUGACACCAGGCAUGAUCAGUGUCAGCGAAAGCAGUGGCGGGUAGACUUACCAGCCACCAGCGUGGUGAUCACUUUCCACAAUGAAGCCAGGUCGGCCUUGCUGAGGACCGUAGUCAGUGUGCUUAAGAAAAGUCCCCCCCAUCUUAUAAAAGAAAUCAUAUUGGUAGAUGACUACAGUAAUGAUCCUGAGGAUGGUGCUCUCUUGGGGAAGAUUGAGAAAGUGCGGGUUCUUAGAAAUGAUCGGCGAGAAGGCUUGAUGCGCUCUCGGGUCCGAGGGGCAGAUGCAGCACAGGCCAAAGUCCUGACGUUCUUGGACAGUCAUUGUGAAUGCAAUGAGCACUGGCUGGAGCCCCUCCUGGAGAGAGUAGCAGAGGACAAGACCCGGGUUGUGUCACCUAUCAUUGAUGUCAUUAAUAUGGAUAACUUUCAGUACGUGGGGGCUUCAGCUGAUUUAAAAGGCGGUUUUGAUUGGAAUUUAGUAUUCAAAUGGGAUUACAUGACCCCGGAGCAGAGAAGAGCACGCCAGGGAAAUCCAGUUGCUCCCAUAAAAACCCCUAUGAUUGCUGGCGGAUUGUUUGUGAUGGAUAAAUUCUACUUUGAAGAACUGGGAAAAUACGAUAUGAUGAUGGAUGUCUGGGGAGGAGAAAACCUAGAGAUUUCGUUCCGAGUAUGGCAGUGUGGUGGCAGCCUGGAGAUCAUCCCAUGCAGCCGAGUUGGGCACGUGUUCCGGAAGCAGCACCCCUAUAGUUUUCCAGGAGGCAGUGGCACUGUGUUUGCCCGGAACACUCGCCGAGCAGCAGAAGUCUGGAUGGAUGAAUAUAAAAAUUUUUACUAUGCAGCAGUGCCUUCAGCCAGAAAUGUUCCUUAUGGGAAUAUUCAGAGUCGACUAGAACUAAGAAAGAAGCUUAGUUGCAAGCCCUUCAAAUGGUACUUGGAAAAUGUCUACCCUGAACUAAGGGUUCCUGACCAUCAGGAUAUAGCUUUUGGAGCAUUGCAGCAGGGUAACAAUUGUCUGGACACUUUGGGACAUUUUGCAGAUGGUGUUGUAGGAGUUUAUGAAUGUCAUAACUCUGGGGGAAACCAGGAAUGGGCCUUAACAAAGGACAAGUCAGUAAAACAUAUGGAUUUGUGCCUUACUGUGGUGGACCGAGCACCAGGCUCCCUCAUAAAACUACAGGGCUGCAGAGAAAAUGACAGCAGACAGAAAUGGGAGCAAAUUGAGAGCAAUUCGAAAUUGAGGCACGUCGGAAGCAACUUGUGCCUGGACAGCCGCAAUGCCAAAAAUGGAGGCCUGAGCGUGGAGGUCUGCAGCCCAUCCUUAUCACAACAGUGGAAGUUCACACUUAACCUGCAGCAGUAGGAGGGCCGAGGAAAACCACACGAAACCCAGUGAACGCCGUCACGUUUCCAACACAUCGGGCAGAGUUUUGCUGAUCUCAUUACCGAUUAUAUUUCUUAAACUUUCCACAGAACUAUAUACCUCAGUAUUCCAUCAUGGUCUGAAAAUAAGAGAACCGCAACAGCAAGGCCCAGGGGAACUGUGUGGACCAGGGGACAAGGGGAAAUGCCGCUUUCCUUAUCUCACCAAACACAGUGGCUGCCAUGCUCCCUCUUCUCCGUGAGCCCUUUGCCAUUUCUUUCCUCGCUCCUGCCUAGCACUCGCACAAACGGUCGAUUAACAUCCCUAGCAACAACUGACAUACUAUAGGAAAAAUGGAUCUAAACACAUACAGUCUGGGGAAUUAGGGAGGGAGAAAGGGGUGUAGUUAACUUUCUCACUGAGAAGAUCAUUUUUAAAGCUCCAUUUUUUCCCCCAUAAAAAGCAUAUUUACAGCUUCUGAAAACUGAACUGUCAUUUUGAAAGUUUAUGGGGGUUUUUUUUCUUCCCCUUCACCUCCCUUCCUAGCCCUCUUCCAGUCCUGAAUCCCCUACUCCCAUAUAAUGUACUUGCUAUAUUUGAAUAUGAACUUUUCUAUGAUGGGAUUCUAAAUAUAAAUAUAUAUUAAAAAUAUGGUCAGUUCCCAGUGGUUUAUAUGGGUCAUCAUCAUCAUCAUCAUCAUCAUCAUCAUCAUCAUCAUCCUUAUCCUUGUCAAUUCUCCAGAAGUCUGUUCAUACAUGUGAAAAGAAGAAGAGGGGCUUGAACCCAGUCAUGAAAUGCAGCUCUGUUCUGACAGAGGGAGAGAGCCUCACCUGUUUUCUGGGGUCUUCCCAUGAGUGGGUGCUUCUCAACCAACCCAGGACACAGAAGGCAACAGAAGAGGAAAGGGAAGCAUCAUUCAGGGCCAAGACCCAGCCCUCCUCAUCCCAGCAGCAUCCAUGUCUGGCAUUGACUUUGGGUUUGCUGCUGUGACUUGGAGUUCACUCUGUGUGCUGUCAGUAUCUGUAAACCUGUAUCAGUUACUUGUAUUGAAGAAUAUUGCUUUUGGUCUUUUAAAUUAAAUUUCUUUUCUUUAAAAAAUAAAAACAACCCCACAGCUCCCCAUGUGAGUAAUGGCACAACUUGCCAUAGUCCUUUGACAGGUGCAGAUAAAUUAUGUUACGUUAUGUAGCCGUCACAAUACCAGCAUUGGUCUAAUUACUUGAGUCCAUGAGACUUGGGCCUUCAGAAUUAAUUGAGCUGCCAGCUGAAUGUUUGUGAUUAGUUGUUGUGGCCGAAAAUAAAUCCAGUUUACGGAUUAGGUCUAAUUGGUGCCCUAAUAUGUGAGUGGCACCAUCGUGGUUAAAGUGGGCUCUGAAUUUCAACCUGCCUUCUCCCCAGCAACAUUAUUGAAGUCCUUAUAUUGGAAUACAUCACAACUUUUCUUCCCUCUUUCUAAAUGACUGCAUCAGUGAACUUUGGGUAAAGAAAGAAGAUGAAUGGAAAAAUAAUGCCAGAAAAUUUACUGUAAUGAAUUUGUGCACAAGAUGAGAGCCUUUUGGUUUUAGGAAGACAAUUUCUGUUUAAACCACAGAGUGAUUAUAACCCGUAGUAAGGGGUGUGUGUGUAGUGUGUGUGUGUGUGUGUGUGUGUGUGUGUGUGUAGGGGAAAAUGACUGGGUAGUUACCUUAAGGGAAAAAAUAUCCUUCAGGUUUGUGUGAUAGAUCCUUCUCUAGGAGUUUUGUCUUUUGAUGAUAUG